AUGGGUUAUGGCCAAGGGCUCACCAUGUUUGUGCUGGUGGCAACUGCCUCCAUGUUGGUAGUGAGUAGUACAGCCAAGACCAUUGACGUUGGUGGGUCCGAAGGCUGGCAUUUUGGCUUCAAUUAUUCUGUCUGGGCUCUUUCAAAUGGACCCUUCUACGUAAAUGACACUCUUGUGUUCAAGUAUGAUCCACCAAACAGCACAACAUUCCCUCACAAUGUAUUCUUGCUGAAAAACUUCUGGAGCUACCUGAAAUGCAACCUAAGUGGAGCGACGCUAGUGGGAAACGAAACCGUCGGAGGUGGAGAGGGUUUAAAGUUUGUGAUCAAUAAGUUUAAGCCUUACUAUUUUGCUUGCGGCGAGAAAAAUGGCCUCCAUUGCAAUGAGGGUAGGAUGAAGUUUGCCUUCAUCCCCCUUCCUUUUGACCGUAAUGAAACUCACCGUUGA